AUCGAUCGAUGGGAUAUUUAAUCUAGCUCUGCUUUCAUCUUUAAUCAUUCGCGAUUUAGUGCCUAUAUUUAACACAGUUCCUCAUUCUGAAGUGAUGUAAAAAGUUUCAGCGAUAAUGUUGAAGACACUUAGUUUCAGUUUCGCUCACGAUCAGGUGUUGCAGUGUUUGACAUUAACAAGGACGAAGAAGCUGAUUUUGAGACUGCUAUACACCAUGCACGCUAUGGGAGGUUCCAGAGAUUCCUUCUUGGGGUAUGUGGCCUUGUUUACGCUACUUGUGCCAUCAGUACCACAACCCUUUCUUUUGUCCUACCCUCAGCAGAGUGCGACUUUCACUUGUCUUCCAGUGACAAGGGAAAACUUUCAGCGACGCCCCUCGUAGGUAUGAUUUUUGGAUGCUGUGUUUGGGGGUUAGUUGCCGAUUCCAAAGGAAGGAGAACUGCGAUAAUGUGCUCUCUUCUAGUAGACUUUCUAGCAGGGUUCAUAUCAGCCUUCGCACAGACUUAUCCAGUAUUCCUGAUCUGUAGGUUUUUCAAUGGUUUUGGAAUUAUAGGUGCCACAAGUAUCAUUUUCUCCUACCUAGGGGAGUUUUUGCCAAAUAAGAAGCGUGAUCGAGUUCUUGGAAGACUAGAACUUUUCUGGAAUGUAGGAAUGAUCAUUUUGCCAGGUAUUGCCUGGGUUUUGCUUAAUAAGAACACAUUCGACACUUUCGCCAGAUUGCAUUUUUACAAUCCUUGGAGGAUUUUCGUGCUAAUUUGUUGCUUGCCAAGUCUGCUAAGCUUGGUGUGCUUGUAUUUCUUGCCAGAGACUCCAAAGUAUUUGAUUUCGAAGAAGCGGUACCAGAAUGCUAUCAAGGUCUUCCAGAGGGUCUAUAGGAUCAAUACUAGGAAGCCUCUCAACACAUUUCCGAUUACUUCCCUGUCAGGAGAGGGAAACAACAACGAAAAAAGUUUUGCAAAUAAUAGCGAUUCUCAUUAUUUCGAACGUUGGAGAGAAAAUUUGAUCAGUGGCUUGGAAGAUCUCAAGGAAUUAUGUACCCAACCUUUUCUCAAAUACUUGAGCAUAACAGCGAUCUCAGAUUUUGGACUAAUGGCCAGUUACUACACUCUUAUAAUGUGGUUCCCAGAAAUUUUCGAGAGAUUCAACAACUUCGAAAGCUCUCAUGGUGGCCAGAAAGCUGGAAUCUGCGAAGUAUCUCAGCUUGGCAACUACAAUGAAACCCUUCAGUAUUCACAAAAAUUGUGUGAACCCUCUGUCAAUGACAGGGUGUUCAUUGAGACCAUCAUUAUAGGUUUGAGCUGUAUACCCUCAUCCAUAUCGUUGAGUUACUUCAUGGCCAAACUUGGAAAGAAGUAUGUUUUAGUGAUUAGUUUGUUCUUAGCUGGACUUUCAACUUUAGCAUUGAACUGGGUGUCUAGCUCAGAAGAAACACUAGUAUUAUCUGCUAUAUUUGAGGCACUCACCAGUAUUUUGGAAGCUGUACUCUUCUGCGUGGUUGUGGAAUUGUUUCCCACAAAUUUGAGAGCUCCAGCUUUAGCAAUCACAGCUACAGCUGGUAGAAUAGGAGCUAUUUUUGGAAAUAUAGUAUUUGGUACACUCAUUGAUAUUCAAUGCAGCGUACCAAUCUACCUUUUUGGUGUUUUACUAGUUGGAAGUGGUAUACUGACUUUGGGCAUUCCACAAUCAGAGGAUUAUUUCGUCCUAGUCUGAAUUUUCUUCGUCUCAUUUCUUGAUGAAAUGUAUCGACAAUUAUGACUGACAUUCAGUUAUUAAUUAUUCAUUUUAUUUUAUUGUCCAUAAGGACUACUUAAUCUAUAUGUAUUUUCAUUUUUGAAUAUAACUUAUUUAUAUGGAA